AUGGUUCUUCAAGAUCUCGGCCGUCGCAUCAACGCGGCGGUCACCAACCUGACCCGAGAGCAAAAUCUCGACGAAAAGGCCUUCGAUGGCAUGCUCAAGGAGAUUUGCGCCGCUCUGCUCGAGGCAGACGUCAAUGUACGACUCGUCGGCCAACUACGGAAAUCCAUCAAGGCCACCGUCAACUUCAAAGAACUCCCCCCCGCCGUAAACAAGAAACGCCUCAUCCAAAAAGCCGUCUUCGACGAACUCGUCAAACUCGUCGAUCCCCACGCCGAACCAUUCCGACCGAAGAAGGGAAAGAGCAAUGUCAUCAUGUUUGUUGGUCUCCAGGGUGCGGGAAAGACGACAACGUGUACAAAGCUCGCGCGGCACUACCAGUCAAGAGGUUUCAAGGCCUGUCUGGUCUGUGCCGAUACCUUCAGAGCUGGUGCCUUCGACCAGCUGAAGCAGAACGCCACAAAAGCCAAGAUCCCCUACUAUGGUUCCCUCACAGAAACGGAUCCCGCCGAGGUUGCGAGGGCUGGUGUUGACCAAUUCAAGAAGGAGAGGUUCGAGGUCAUCAUCGUCGAUACAUCAGGUCGCCACCGACAAGAGUCUGCCCUGUUCCAGGAGAUGGUGGACAUCCAAGAAGCCAUCAAACCCGACGAGACUAUCAUGGUCCUCGACGCCUCGAUCGGUCAACAAGCAGAGUCGCAAGCCAAGGCGUUCAAAGAGGCCGCUGAUUUCGGAGCCAUCAUCAUCACAAAAACCGACGGCCACGCACACGGCGGUGGUGCCAUCUCUGCAGUCGCUGCAACGCACACCCCCAUCGUCUUUAUCGGUACCGGCGAACACAUGCUCGACUUUGAAAAGUUCGCCCCCCAACAAUUCGUCCAAAAACUCCUCGGCAUGGGCGACAUGGCUGGACUCAUGGAGCACGUGCAGAGCCUCAACCUCAACCAAAAAGACACCAUCAAGCACAUCCAGGAGGGCAUCUUCACCGUCCGCGACCUGCGCGACCAACUCUCCAACAUCAUGAAGAUGGGCCCCCUCUCCAAAAUGGCCGGCAUGAUCCCCGGCAUGAGCAACAUGAUGCAGGGCAUGGACGACGAAGAAGGCGGCGCCAAACUCAAGCGGAUGAUCUACAUCUGCGACUCCAUGACCGACAAGGAACUCGACUCGGACGGCAAGAUCCUCAUCGAGCAACCCACCCGAAUGACUCGAAUCGCACGCGGUUCCGGCACAUCAGUACGCGAAGUCGAGGACCUCCUCACCCAACAACGAAUGAUGGCAGGCAUGGCAAAGAAGAUGGGCGGAAACAUGAAGAACAUGCAACGAGCGCAACAGGCUAUGGGCGGAGGAAACAAGGCACAGCAAUUAGCAGCCAUGCAAAAGAGGUUACAGAGCAUGGGAGGCGCCGGCGGUGCAGGCGGAAUGCCCGAUAUGGGCAGCUUGAUGAAGAUGCUCGGCGGCGGAGGAGGAGGAGGCAUGCCCGGUGGUAUGGAUAUGCAGGCUAUGAUGAGGCAGAUGGGCAUGGGCGGCGGCGGCAUGCCUGGGAUGCCCCCUGCAGCAGGAAGAGGUCGAAGGUGA